ACAAGUUUGUCCUAGUAGGAGUUGCCGUAGUUGCUGUUGCGGUCGAUGUGCGCAUGCGCAAAUCGGGUCGGAAAGCUAUGAAAACGUUUUUGAUAAAAGUCACUCAAACAAAAGAAAAAAAUGAGGCGCACCCAAUUUUUCAACAUAAAUUGACAUAUUUUGUGGAGGGAGACGUUUCUGCUGUGUGUCUAAAUUCACAGAUAAGUUUGGGAGAAUGCCGAAAUAUUCGCACAUGAUGCUAGCAAACAACUUAAGCUAACCAAACGACGAAAAUGUCGUGCCUUAAGUUUGUUUGCAAAAAAAAAAAAAACUGUUCACGAUGGGAAAUCAACUUGAAUUACGUUCCAACGCCUGCACGAGGCUUAAUCUAAAGACGAAUGAAACAAGACUGCAAAGCCAUCAGCAAGACCACAAGUCGCAUUCAUGGGCUGUUUUGAAAUGACAUUGUCAAAUAUUUGGCAUGAAUCGGCAUUUGGUUCCCGACCCCUGCUGUUGUCGACUCAUGAAAUUGACCAAUGGGCGGCUGGCGUCCCCUCAGCCUCCGUGUCAUCCACCCAGCGAGGACGCAGUUUGCUGCGGACGCGCGGCCGACGCGGGCUGCUCUCAAUCGGAUACUCCUUCCUGCGUCUCCCAGCACUCCGUCCUCCCCCAACCCCCCCGCCGCCGCCGGGACGAAGCCGCUCCGUCGUCGUCGCCGUCAUCAUCCAGGUCCGCGUGUGGGGUCACUUCCUGAUUCAAAUCCAGAAUGUUGACUGAGACAUCACUCUGACGCCCAAGACCGCCGGAGACAAAGCGCCGAGGGAGGUAGGAGGGGAGGGGCCUGUGGACCAAAGGUCCCGGUCGCCAUGGAGACGCUGCGCGUGCUGAUGGCGCUGUGGGCCGCCGCCCACCUGGGCGCGGCGACGGGGCCGAGGCCGCCGCGACGGACGACGACGGGACAUAAGGUGUCCGCGGGUCUGACGGGCCAGGACGCCAACGGGGUGGCGCUCAGGCGCUCCAAGCGAGGAUGGAUGUGGAACCAGUUCUUCCUGUUGGAGGAGUACACCGGCACCGACAUGCAGUAUGUCGGGAAGCUCCACUCGGACUCGGACCGCGAGGACGGCAGCGUGCGCUACGUGCUGACGGGCGACGGCGCGGGCACGCUGUUCAAGAUCGACGAGAAGUCGGGCGACAUCCACGCCACCAAGCGCCUGGACCGCGAGGAGAAGGCGUACUACGUGCUGCACGCCAAGGCCGUCAACCGCUUCACCAACGAGGCCCUGGAGGGCGAGUCCGACUUCAUCAUCAAGAUCCACGACAUCAACGACAACGAGCCGCGCUUCACCAAAGACCCGUACGUCGCCCGGGUGCCCGAAAUGGCCGAAAUCGGCACGCCCGUCAUCCAGGUGACGGCCCUGGACGCCGACGACGCCACCUACGGGAACAGCGCCAAGGUGGUCUACAGCAUCCUGGAGGGGCAGCCGUACUUCUCCGUCGACCCCGAAACCGGCUUGAUCAAGACGGCGCUGCCGGGCAUGGACCGCGAGGUCAAGGAGAAGUACCAGGUGGUGAUCCAGGCCAAAGACAUGGCCGGACAGAUGGGGGGCCUCUCGGGGACCACCACGGUCAGCAUCACCCUCGCCGACGUCAACGACAACCCGCCGCGCUUCACCAAGACCCUGUACGAGUUCAAAGUGCCCGAGACCGCCGCGCCGGGCUCGGCGGUGGGCGCCGUCCGCGCCGCCGACAACGACAUCGGCGAGAACGCCGAGAUGGACUACCGGAUCAUCGGGAGCGACGGGCCCGGCGUGUUCGACGUCGCCACCAACCGCAGCACGCAGGAGGGCGUCCUGGUGCUCAGGAAGCCGCUGGACUUCGAGCGCAAACGUCAGUUCAGCCUCCGCGUCCAGGUGGAGAACGUCCACCACGUCAACCCCCGCUUCUUCUCCGCGGGGCCCUUCAGGGACGAGGCCUCCGUCAAGGUCACGGUGGAGGACGUGGACGAGCCGCCCGUGUUCGAGCGCCCCGGCUACGUCAUGGAGGUGCGGGAGGACGCCGCCCCCGACGCCGUCAUCGGAUCCGUCAGCGCCUCCGACCCGGACGUCAAGCGCAGCCCCGUCAGGUACUCCAUCGACCGGCACACCGACAUGGACCGCGUGUUCGACGUGCACGCCAACAACGGCUCCGUCUUCCUCUUGCGGGAGCUGGACCGCGAGGACAACGCCUGGCACAACAUCUCCGUCGUCGCCUUCGAGUUCAGCAACCUGCGCCAGAUGAGCCGCGUGCCCGUCUACAUCCGCGUGCUGGACGUCAACGACAACGCGCCGACCUUCGCCACCAACUACGAGACGUUUGUGUGCGAGAACGCCAAAGCCAAUCAGAGGAUCCAGACGGUCAGCGCCACGGACCCGGACCGGCCGGCGGGGGGGCACCGUUUCUUCUUCACUCUGGCCCCGGAGGCCGCCGGCAAGGCCAACUUCUCCGUCCGCGACAAUAAAGGUGGUCCGCCGGCCGUUCCCGCCUUGCGCCGACCCCCCUCCGCUCCUAACGCUCCCGGAUCCGGCGCGGUUUCAGACAACACGGCCUGGAUCCUGACGCGCAGGAACAGCUACAGCAGCCUGCUGAAGAGCGUGUACCGCGUGCCGGUGGUCAUCGCGGACAACGGGACCCCCGCGCUGAGCAGCACCAACACGCUGACGGUGCGCGUGUGCACGUGCGACCGCGAGGGCAACAUGAAGCUGUGCAACGCCGAGGCGCUCGCGGCCCGGGCGGGCCUCAGCACCGGGGCGCUGGUGGCCAUCUUGCUUUGCGUCGUCAUCCUGCUCAUGAUCGUGGUUCUGUUCGCCGCCUUGAGGAGGCAGCGCAAGAAAGAGCCUCUGAUCAUCUCCAAGGAGGACGUGCGGGACAACGUGGUCAGCUACAACGACGAGGGCGGCGGCGAGGAGGACACGCAGGCCUUCGACAUCGGCGCGCUGCGCAACCCCGAAGCCGUCGAGGACGCCAAGCAGCGGCGGGACAUCGUGCCCGAGGCCUACUACCCGCCCGCCCGCCGGCCCGCGCGCGACAACGCCAACGGCGACGUGCGGGACUUCAUCAACCAGAAGAUCCGGGACAACGACAGCGACCCGACGGCGCCGCCUUACGACUCGCUGGCCACCUACGCCUACGAGGGCGGCGGCUCGGCGGCCGAGUCGCUCAGCUCGCUGGAGUCGGCCGCCGCCGAGGGCGAGCAGGACUACGACUACCUGAGCGAGUGGGGGCCGCGCUUUAAGAAACUGGCCGACAUGUACGGGGCCGACGACAGCGACCGAGAUUCCUAACGACGGCGGGAGGACAAACGCGCCCGGUACCCUUUCGAGCGGGCGUCAAGUCAAGUCUUCGGGCAGGGGUGUCCGUUUUUUUUUUUAAACCGCCAUACACUCGACACGGCCAGUGGGCGUGUCCAAACUC